UUUCAUGUAUCACAUUAAAGUCAUGAGAAACAAACACGCUGCAUUUCGGUCCGACUCUCUUCCUUCAACAGACGAACGCCGUUACAGCUGUAUUGUCACUGGGUGUGCACCGUGAGUAUCUUUGAUUUGAUAGGUGCUACAAGAGGAACGCCAGUCAAUCUAAUGGAACCACCAGGCGCACAACAGGAAAAUAUUAAAGGACCUUGAACUUGGAAUCUGAAGGAAACCCUGCCGUUCACCAGUUCCUGCAACAACAAGCACCGCCAGGGAUGGCUGGAGAAAACCUGUACAAUGUUACGGACGACAUCCCAUCCACUUGGAGCAUCGUUGAAACCGUCGUUCAGUGGACGACGUUCUCCAUCGGUUUUCCUCUGAUCUGUCUGUCCAUUUAUGCCAUGUACUUCCUGGUCAGAGCUGAUCACAUCGCUCCAGUCUACGUUAUCAACCUUCUUAUUGCAGAUCUCAUUCAGAUCUGCACGAGGCCGUUCAACCUGUCUGGUACCUGGAAAUUGAUUGUGAUGUUUAUUGAAUUCUUUGGUAUUAGUGCGAGCAUUGGUUUCAUGGUGUGUGUUGCUCUGGAGAGAUAUCUCGUGAUUGCAUUUCCUCUCUGGUACCGUUUUCGUCGUAACAUCAAAUACUCGCUCAUAAUGUCCUCCGUCAUCUGGGUUAUCCCUUUCCUCCAAAUCUCCAUGUUAUACCUCACGCCGACUCUCGAUACGAAGCUGAUUCUGUUUGCGGUUAACCUCCUCAUACCCUUUCCAUUGCUCGUAUUCUUCCUCGCGGGCACGUUGAAAGCUCUGUCCGUCUCCGUCUCCGUGCCGGCUGUCGAACGGAGACGGAUUAUUGGUACCCUGGCCCUUGUGCUGGGCAAUUACACAGUCCUGUUCUUACCCCUCAUCAUACAAUAUCUGAUAUCAGGGGUGACAGGCCGUCACAAUGUAGAGAUCGGGACACUCCUUGAGAGAUUCAGCCCCCUUGUGGAUCCCUUACUCUACGUGUUCAUGAGAAAGGGAGCGAAGGACACUCUUGCCUUCCCCUGCUUCGACAAGCUGAUGGGUGACGAGGAGCAGAGCCAAGUCACUAACACUAUGACCAUGACUGAGAGUGUAGUAGAAGGCUCCAGGUAGGACAGAUGCAGGGUAAUGGACUGUAUCUGUAUUUAAAAAAUAUAAAAAAGUUACCAUUCCUGUGUCUGUGAGAAGAAUUCCAAAAACACAGUUAAAAAUGGAAAAGACACCAUUUGUUGUUUUGUCAGGUAUUGUUGUAUUUCUUUGCAUCUUGGGACAGUAUAAAAGUUUAUUUUUUAUUUUACCUUUAUUUAAACGAGGCAAGUCAGUUAACAACAAAUUCUUAUUUUCAAUGACGGCCUGGGAACAGUGGGUUAACUACCCUGUUCAGGGGCAGAACGACAGAUUUGUACCUUGUCAGCUCGGGGAUUUGAACUUGCAACCUUCCGGUUACUAGUCCAACGCUCUAACCACUAGGCUUGUAGUUAAAAUGUGAAGAGUACAUGCCUUGAUUUUUUUAUAUACAAUACAUGACAUACUGUAUUGUACUCAGCCCUAUUCUGCAUUGCGCUAUCUGUGUUGGGCUUGUAUUGCAGCUUUUCAGAAAAAUAUGGACUUGUUUCUUUCAAUAAACUGAUCAUGUGGA